UUCAUGCAUUCAGCAGAAAAAGCAGAGUGCAAGUUUCAAUCAUUUUGCGUUGUUUGUUACUGAUAUUCCCAUGUGUUUCAGAGAGAAACAAGAUGUCUGGUGGUGCUGAAAGUGUUUCUGAAAAGCAUAGGGAGGUGAGGGCUUGGUUAGAGCGUGCCUUUGCAGGGGCCCCCAUCCCUCAGUAUGAGAUCAACAAACGGACAAUGGAGAUCCUCCAUGGUCUGAUGGUCAAGAAUCAAGAACGAGAUCAAGAAGCUCAGAUUGUGAUGGAAGAUUGUCAGCAGAAGACUGAAGAAUAUCAUGCUGAAGCUGUACGUCUUGCUGGGAUUCUACAAUCGGUUGGUCUGUCGGCAACCAGUCUGUCACAGUCAGGUAACGUCAGUCUCAGGACAUUGGCGAGUGUGGCACAAACACUCGGUAUCAAGGAUGCAUCCACCAGCAGCUAUCUCUUAGCAACAAUGGAGAUGUCACGAGUUGCCAUGGAAACAGAUGAGGCAAGACAAAAGGAGAAGAGACUGAGUGAACAGCUCUUCACAAAAACCAAGGCUGCUCUCAUCAAAUGUAACACUCUAAAAAAGGCUUUGCAAGCUCUAGAGGACCAAGCUGAGUACCAAGGGCCAGAGUUAGAGAAGAAGGGACAGCAGGCUGGAGUGUUGAACAGCAAGGCUAGAGAGUAUACAUCACAACUUCAUCAGUUGCAGGCUCAGUUGGACCAGAGUAGCGUAGAGCCGUCGCUGUACCACCAGAGCCUCGUCAAGUUGUCUGAGGAGCUAGCUGCUUUAAACACAGAGUUAGCGCCACUCAAAUCUAAGCUCGACAGUUAUCACAACCUACCACCUGAUGUCUCAUUAGCUAGAGUCAAGAUUGAAGAAGCCAAACGAGAACUGGGAAGAAUGGAGGCUGAAUUGUCAAGAAACAUUGAUCUGAUGCGUAUGUAAAUAUUAGUUGCAGCGUAAACCUGUAAUGUAUUCCUGGAAGUUAGGUCAACUGUCUGCAUUGUUGGGCGUUUGUUCAAAUUAAUUUAAUGAGAAACUCAGCUCAGGCCUUUCCAUUUGAUACUCUCAAAUAGUACAUAAGUCCUGUUCAGAACUUUAUUUAAUACGAGCUGUGGCACAGUUGUGGUUUGAUUGUUUUCAUAAAGUUAACUGUUUAUAUAAAACAUUUAAACCUGAAUCUUUGGCGUAAUAGCUAAGCUUUGAAGAAACCUAACAACACAAAACCUAACCCCCAGAUCUUUUUAGAACCAAUCAACUCUCUUUAAUAAUUUAAAGUGCCUUUAAAACUACCUAGAAUAAGUUAACGAUUUUUUGAAGAGAGAUGAACAAAAAAGUCACAGUUUAUAUGUUCACUUUUUUGUUUCAGCACACUAGACAUUUUUGUUUGUCAAGUUUUCAGAAAAUUUAAUUUUGAAUUUUA